AUGGGGUCAGGGACCUCCUUCUUUCUCGCCCUUGACCCCACAGACCUCACUGUCGACCUGCUCGAGAAGCACCUCCUUGCAGCUGAGACUAGCAUAGUCGCUGUAGGUGCUUCUCGUGGCACUCCUCGCACUCCCUUCUUUGAGGGGUGUUCCCCCUCCCCCCUUGCCCCCUCUGUCGCUUCUGCUGCUGCUGUUGACUUCCUUCGUGCUGAGGAGGUCGGGGCUGCGUCUGCUCCUAGUGGGAGGCGCCACAGCGGCAAGGGCAAGGGAGGCAAGAGUGGUGGAGGUGGCAGCGGUGGAGGCGGUGGUGGAGGUGGUGGUGGCGGUGGGGGUGGCGGUGGGAGUGGUGGUGGGAGUGGAGGCGUCGGUGGCGGCGGUGGUGGCGGUGGGAGUGGUGGUGGGAGUGGAGGCGUCGGUGACGGCGGUGGUGGUGGUGGUGGUGGCGGCGGUGGUGGCGGCAGUGGGAGUGGUGGCGGCAACAGUGGUGACGGUCGUGGUGGAGCCCAUGGGGCGCCUGGGGGUAGUGUUCGCUACCCGUACGUCAUUCUCACAGGUGAUCAGGCCGCUGAUGUGCCGCCUGACCCAGGUAUAGAGGCUGCUGCUCUAGGUGCUAGUGCAUCUGCUCUCUCUGGUACUGCGCCUGCUAAGGCCUUGCACACCUUCAUGCUUGACUCAGUUCUUGCACGCUCCUCCACUGUUCUCCCGUGUCCGGCGGUUCCGUCUGGCUCACUGUCAGGUCUUCACCUCCCCUCGUUCUCUACGAACUUGUCGUUCACGCUUCCGGCCUCCCCGCAGCAGAAUGGGAUUGCUGAGCGCCGCAUUGGCUUAGUCAUGGAGGUGGCUCAUACCUCCAUGAUCCAUGCAGCUGCUCCCCAAUUUCUGUGGCCGUUUACGGUCUGGUACGUUGCACAUCAGCUCAACCUCUGGCCCCGUGUCUCCUUGCCGGAGACCUCGCCUACACUGCGUUGGAUGGGGGAGGUUGGCGAUGUGCCGGUUUUCCGGGUCUGGGGCUCUCGUGCCUUUAUCCGCGAUACCUCCGCAGACAAGCUCUACUCCCGCGCCAUUCCCUAUGUCUUCCUUGGCUUUCCCACUGUCACGCCUGGCUGGCAAUUUUACCACCCCACCAUGCGCCGUAUCUUGUUCUCUCAGGACGUCACGUUUGACGAGUCGCUCUUCCUCGCUCCUGGUCCCCCUCCGGUAGACCCCCUCCCCUUCAAGGUCCUGCUCUUUCAGCUGAGGGGGGGUGAUGUUGCUGCUGACGACGCGGCGGCCCCUGGCCACUCACCACGCUUGGAGACCCCUCCGGGUUUUCUACCUCAACCGUCUUCGCCGCCUCUGCAGCCGGUUGCUGUCGACUCUGGUGCUCUUGGGGAUGGUGUUCCUAGAGGUGCUGAGUCUGGGGGUGCUGAGCCUGAGGGUGCGGAGCCUGGGGGUGCUGAGCCUGAGGGUGCGGAGCCUGGGGGUGCUGAGCCUGAGAGUGCGGAGCCUGGGGGUGCUGAGCCUAGGAGUGCGGAGCCUAGGUGUGCUGAGCCUAGGAGUGUCGAGCCCAUAGGGGGUGUUCCCCUUCCCCCCUCCUCCCCUCUGUCGCCUCUGCUGCUGCUGUCGACCUCCUCGGUGCUGAGAAGGUCGGGACCGCGUCUGCUUCGAGCGGGCGCCGCAGGAACAAGGGGGGCAGGGGUGGGGGUGGCGGCGGAGGAGGUGGGGGUGGAGGCGGUGGGAGUGGAGGCGCGGCUGAGGAGGCCAGUGGCGGCAGUGGGGGAGGAGACAGCAGCGGCGGGAGUGGUGGCAGGGGCGGAGGCGGCAGCGGGGGCGGAGGUGGUCGUGGUGGCGGCAGGGGUGGAGGUGGCCGGGGCCGAGCGAGUGGCUCAAGGACAGUGCGGUCACGAAAGAAAGAGCGAGAAGCACCUGAGUCCAGUGUGA